CUUUCAUUUCAUGCCGACGAUGUGCUGACUUUUCCCGAAAAAUGCGGUUCGCCGAGUUGGUGCUGCUGGCGGCGACAAUGCUCGCGCUCGGCGGCGAGGCGCUGUCCGACGGCGUCGCCGUCCAGCUCAGACACGAAAAGUCCAAGAAGAUCCACCAGCAGCUCAGCAGGCACCACAAAAUUCAACCCCCGGUGGACCUCGUCGCGCCUAACGUGACGUCCAGCAAGAAGCGCCGGUCGCAAAACUCCAAGGUGAUGCCGCAGUUGGUCGCCGAGGUCGUCAAGAGUUCGAACGGGGCGCCCAAUUUGGAGAACAAACUGCUCGCCUACGAGAGUGUCGACGCGGAAAACAACACAGCCGCCGAGCCGAAGAGGACCACCGGACGAAAGACCUUUGAUAUCGUGACCAGAUUUCUCAGGAUUGUUGAGACGCAACACCUUCUUGGCGACAAUUGCACCGCUGGCACUGAUCUCAACCUUGGGGAAGGGGUUGUCGACAGAUACGCGCAGGAGCGGUUCAGGGUGGAGGCGGAAGUGGCCGUGAACCGCGCCAACACCCUGACCCGGUUGUGGAAAUACGCCGGGCGCCAGGUGAUGGAGAGCGAGUACCUUCUGCACGCGGGCGUCCGCGCCAUGGUGGACUUCGACAGUGACAUUUUCGCGGCGGGCAAUUGCUACGACCAGAAUCAGUACAAGGACUACUGGUUGUUUUGUCCGUACGCGUACCGCCUGCCCGAGGGGCCCAUCCUGGCCAAGGACCUGGCCGUCGAGUACAAGUACCUGAGCAACAGCUCCGAGUGGUUCUACAUCGCGCGCAAGAACGCCGAUCGCGUCAUCGCGGCCGACAAGCAGUUCAGCAAAGGCUUCAACACUUACACGCACAACGAGUCUGCCCACUCGGCGCGGAUGCCGGAUGAAAUCCUUGCGGUGACGUACGAGGACGGCCACUGGAGCAAACCCUACUACGAUUGCGGUGGUGCCAACAUCUGGAUGCUCACCUACACGGUGCCCUUCUUCGGCUUUGACCACCAGGCCAACAAAUACUACUUCAAAGGGACGAGUGGAAUCGAUAUUGAUUUGCGUCGAGUGGACAUCGACCAGUGCCCUUUGCCUCUAGACUCGUCCGAGCUCAACAUUUUUGCAGCGUCGGACAAGUGCAAAACGGACACAACCGAGUGCGUACCUGUGCCAGGAUUGGGAUUCCGUCGUGGUAGCUACAUGUGCGUCUGCCGUCGAGGCUUCUACUUCCCGGACAUUCUUUCCCAAAACAGAUACUUCAACGGCACCGUUAUUGAAGAGGAGUACGAGAAAUACAUGAUGGGCGAGGACAGCAGGUACCCCCAAGACAGUGUGUUUGAGUGUUUGAAGUGCGCCGACGGGUGUGACGCUUGCGUUGACGCGAGUCCGUGCGUCCUGGCGCUCAACUGGGCCAUGCGCAGCGCUGUGCUUGGCCUAUCACUGGUGCCGGUGCUCUGUCUGCCCGUCGUCGUCUGGUUCACCUGCAGAUACGGACACGUCAAGGUUGUCCGCGCUGCGAGUCCGGUACUGCUGCGAGUAAUCGCCCUGGGCGCGUUUCUCAUCUACUGCACUACGAUUGUCAUGUACCCGCAGCCCAACAUGAUCACCUGCUCGCUGCGCGUGUGGCUCCGCGAGAUUGGCUUCUCGCUUACCUACGGUGCUCUUAUGCUCAAAACUUGGAGGAUUUCCGUAAUCUUCCGAGUGCGUUCGGCCAAGGCGGUGCGCAUCACCGACAUGGACCUGCUCAAGAGGCUCGGCUUCAUCGUGGGCGCUUUUUCGGCGCUGCUGCUGAUGAGGACGCUGGUGGCGCCGCCACCGGUGGUCGUCGCCAAGUCUGCCGACGACCUCAAGGCCUUCCUUUGUCGCACCGAUUGGUGGGACCACUGCUUUUCGCUCAUGGAGGUGGUGCUGCUGGUGUGGGGCAUCUGGCUGUGCAUCGGCGUGCGAAAGGCGCCCUCCGAGUUCAACGAGUCUCGAUUCAUAUCCAUGGCCAUUUACAACGAAUUCCUCCUCUCCAUCUUUCUCAACAUCUCCAUGCUGUUCCUGCAGUCACCGGCCAACCCUGACCUCCUUUACGUGAUAUUUUUCUCGCACACGCAGCUGACGGUGACCAUGCUGCUCUGCUUCAUCUUCGGCAGCAAAGCGUACAUGGUGUACAAAGGCCAGGGCAAAAUAGAGGAGCACGGCGCUGGCUCGUACGGGACGAAACCGGCGCAAACGGCCAUCAAGUUCCUGACUGCGGGGUCGCGACACUCGCCUCGCGGUUCGCCCAACAGGACCAUGUACGGCGGGGCCACGCCACAGGCCUAUUCCAACACGCCAUCAAGCGCAGCCCUGCCGCCGCUCGAGCUCAAUGGAGACCCAAGCUUGGAGCUGGACAGGUUGAGUUCUCAGCUGGAGUUGCUGCGUCAGCGGCACGUCAAGAUGGGCACAAACCGACGCGUGUUGUGCAAAAUCGCGGCCAUCCAGCGGGUGAUCGGCGAGGUGGAGGACGAGGACGACGACGAGAGUCCGCUCGAGACGCGCGACGGCCACAGUCUGAACAAUGUGAUAGCCGCGGUGACGGACAAGAUCGUGUGCGCCGCCAUGAGUCGGGUGGACAGCGUCCCGGACACCGAUGACCUCGACGACCUCGGCACGCCCGGCCUGGACAUGAGCGUCGAGUCGGCCGCGCUCAACCGCAGCCUCACGCGAAUCGCCAACAGCUCCAUCACGCUCGACGACAAGACGCACUUCACAAACGAAAUCUCGGUGUAAUCAAGGUGCGGUAAAUUAUCAUAAAAUAUCAACAAAUUUCUCACUUUUGGUGCGAAGGGUGGCUUACUUGGUUAAAAAAAAUCGAUUCUAAUUCGAUAUCAAAAAGAAAUAGUAGAUUUUUUUUAGAAAAUUAUGAUAAAAAAAAAUUGUUGUUUAAAUUUUAAAUAUUUGUGGUAAAUUUAAAAAAUCUUUAGGUGUUCUCACAAUCAGUGGAUUUUAAAUAAAAUUGUUUCAUUAUAUAGGAAGGAAUUUUAUAUUGAGAACAGUUCAAAUUUGACUAAAAAAUUUAAAAUCUCAUUUAAAAAUCUUAUCUAAUUCUUGUGGAAUAAUAAAACUUUCACUUCACUGUUUAUUUAAAAGAACUCUUCAGCAUGUCCUUUUUCAUGCCUUGCAAUUGAAUUUUUCAUUGAAUUUUCCAAUCGCCGAUUUAAAAUUUAGUUUUCUUUCAAAUUUUACAAUUAGAUUAAUCAUUGAUGAAUCUGUGAGGAAAUUACAAGUUGAAACUAAGAAACGAACCUUUUGGAGUAAAAUUGAUUAACAAUGAAUCAAAUCAAUCAAUAAUAAAAAAUUGAGGUAUUUAAUAUAAAAAUUAAAAAAAAAGAAAAUAAUAAUGAAAAUUUGUCUGUUUAAAGAUCAAAUUAAAAAUUGUUCUACUGUAAAAUGAUUAAAAUGUGGACUUCUCUCUGGCAUUUUUUCUUUUUGUCUGGAGAUUGCGACGCUCUGUUUUUUUUUUUUA